AUGCUGGUGCCUGUUCUGCCCCACGCCUGUAAGGUGUGCCAAUCAAAACUGCUCCUCUACCUCCAUGGCUACAACCGCUGCCCAGAAAAGGGCUCAUGGGAGCUCAUUACCGAAAACGAAUCUUCGACCGGCAAUGAGUAUGGGUACUGGUUCAAUCUUUAUUAUGGAGAGGCCGUCGCAUUGGCAAAGGGUGGCUGCGAAUGGAUGAUGUGGCUUGUCACCCUUCACCGGCGGGACACCACAGUAAACAGUCAAUUGCGCGGUUACUUCACACAUAACUCCGAAGAACAGCUUGUGCUAGACUGGGUGGAUGAUAUCAAUCAAUACACGGACGGUAGAGAUUUUGCUCGCAAGCUAGUCCUGUGCGUCGAGCCUGAUAACGUGGCCGCUGCGGACAUCAAACACAGGCUGCCAAAUCUGAAUCCUGCAUCCGCCGAAACCAUGUCUAAGGCUCGUACGUGGCUGCAGACGUGCACCACCACACACCAUGCGUGCGGCAACAAAUCCCGGCGGCUGACCACGGGCUCUGGUGUCUUGAAACCUCGCCGUCUCAUCAAGAUAUUUAAAAGGCCCAAGGGCUCAGCCAUAUCUACGGAUCCAGAGCUAUGCCUGGUGGAAACAGCACACAUCGAACGGCCAAAGUAUGCUACCUUGAGCUACUGUUGGGGAGGAGAUCAGCUAGUGAAACUGAAAAGAGACAAUUUAAUCUCAUGGCGGUCCAGGAUCUCGUUCAGCGAUCUUCCACUUACGCUUAAGGAUGCCAUACUAGUGACGGCUGAACUAGGGCUUGAGUACAUCUGGAUAGACGCUCUUUGCAUAGUUCAGGACGAUAAUGAUGACAAGAUUGUCGAGCUCGCCCGGAUGGGCGAUAUAUACUCCCUUGCGCAUGUUACCCUGCUAGCUUCACGAAGUCCCAGGGUGCAAGAUGGGUUUCUACAAUCCAGAUAUAUCCCCCAGGAAAGAGGUUUUCGCUUACCCUACCUUUGCAAAAACGGCCAGAUAGGUUCCGUAAUCCUCUGGGCAGGCAGAUGCAUGGGAAAUGCUGAGCCAAUCCACCAACGUGGGUGGUGCUUCCAAGAACAAAUCCUUUCACCCCGCAUCCUAGAGUUCGGUACCCAUCAGCUGCGGUAUCUAUGCACCGCUAAUCGCACUGAUGAAGUCGUUCCGGAAACAGAUGGGUGGAUCACGAAUUCUGAAACGUUUGCGCAACAUGGAACUGGUCAUUCGCUUGACUUACCGGCUCAUUGGUACACUCUACCAGCGGAUGGAAACGAGUUUCUGGAUCUUUGGAAACGUAUCGUCAUGCACUACAGUCACCUAAGUUUGAGCAACAACACUGACAAGCUCCGCGCUAUCUCGGCUGUUGCCAGAAAGUUUGGACAGUCCUCAUCUGUGCGAUACUACGCUGGGCUCUGGGCAAAACACCUGCCGAGCCAAUUACUUUGGGAAGUAGACUGUGACGACCGGAGCUCCCAUAAAGCCACCCGAGCCCCUGAAUGGGUGGCUCCGUCAUGGUCUUGGGCGUCGAUCGAGGGACCUAUCAUCUACUCAUGGAAUGAUAGUGAUUCGAUUACCUGCCAGCGGCUAAACGUCAUCGUCGAGAAUGCUACGUCUAAAGACGACUUCAGCGACGUCUUUGAUGCUGAGCUUAGACUUCGAACGUUAACCCUACACGCAAAACUGGGAAGACAGGAAAGAGCUCCUCAAUCAUGGGGGUUCAGAAACACAGCUACGCGCCAUCGACCCGACGAAGAAAGGACGGCUGGGGCACAAGAAGAUUCGAGAGAUGAUUGGUCGUCUUGGAAUCCUACUUUCUUAAAUCCGAAGUCUGGAAAAGCGUGGACCGACCUGUCUGGCCAAUCGGGGACUUAUUCUGGCAAUGCAGCCGCAUACAAAGAAGUACACGCGCGUUGGUAUCUUCCGGCUGGACGCAUACAUGGAGGGUGA